UUGGGACCCCCCCUCCCUCCCAUCGACGUCAUCCGCUGCCGCGGUCUUGGGGAGGGUGCUCUAACGGCGUUGCUCGUUGUCCACGGACUUCCUUGAGCCGCGUUAUGGCCCGCUUGUCACUGUGUGAGCGAGUCGCUGCUUGUGUUUUCGUUCCGAGGACUGGCGGACAAAAUGGCAAUUACAGCCGGAAUGAGUAAAUGCGUGGGGGCAGCGUGCGUCCGUGGUAUAGUUGUGAAGGAGGUUAUCUUGGGGCGUCACCGGUAUCCUCAUACCCCUGUCUGCACGAAUUUCUACGGAGUGCGUCUCAGUGUCCGGCCAUGGAAUUCGCGGGGUGUGUACAUGCGACAAGAUUUGAAGGUCAAGGCUAUGUCCACAAAUGGAGAAAAUGGAUACUACAAGGAAUAUGACUAUGACUUGAUAGCUAUCGGGGCUGGUAGUGGUGGUGUCCGGGCAGCCCGGUUUGCAUCUCAAUUUGGGGCUAACGUUGCAGUUUGUGAAAUGCCAUUCGCGCCCAUCUCGUCCGAUGAAGCUGGUGGUGUUGGGGGAACAUGUGUUUUAAGAGGAUGUGUUCCUAAAAAGCUCCUGGUAUACGGAGCCAACUUUCCACACGAUUUUGAGAGCAGCCGAGGAUUCGGGUGGUCAUUCGAGACGGAGCCCAAACACGAUUGGAAAACCCUAAUCACGAACAAAAAUGCAGAGUUAAAUCGAUUGACGGGAGUUUAUAAGUCACUGCUGCAAAAGUCCGAAGUCGACCUAAUAGAGGGUCGUGGCAAGAUUGUUGAUGCGCAUACGGUAGAGGUGAAGGGCAAGCAAUAUACAACCCAGCACAUCCUUGUUUCAGUUGGUGGUCGUGCAACAGUUCCUAACAUUCCCGGUAAAGAGAAUGCCAUCACUUCAGAUGAGGCUCUGAAUCUGUCGGAAAGGCCCAACAAGAUUUGUAUUGUGGGAGGCGGGUACAUUGCAUUGGAAUUUGCAGGCAUUUUCGCUGGACUAGGAACAGAAGUUCAUGUUUUUGUUCGCCAACCGAAGGUUUUGCGAGGAUUCGAUGAAGAGAUUAGAGAUUUCAUUGCGGCCCAACUGCAAGCUCAAGGGAUAGUAUUCCAUUUUGGCGAGAGCCCUACAGCUAUAGAGAAGAGAAACGAUGGGACAUUUUGUCUUGUGACGGAUUCUGGGAAAGAAGUCAGCGACCUUGUCAUGUUUGCUACUGGGCGAGCUCCAAACACUAAGAAUUUAGGUUUGGAAGAAGUUGGAGUCAAGCUUGACAAAAGAGGAGCCAUUGAGGUGGAUUCAUUUUCAAGGACAAACGUAGAUUCAAUUUGGGCAAUCGGAGACGUGACAAACCGCAUUAAUUUGACCCCUGUUGCUCUCAUGGAGGGUAUGGCAAUGGCAAAAACUGCUUUCGGAAAUGAGCCGACCAAACCUGAUUACAGAUUUAUUGCUUCAGCGGUGUUCACUCAACCUCCUAUCGGAACAGUCGGUUACACUGAAGAACAGGCAGUGGAAAAAUUUGGCGACGUAGAUGUUUACACUUCGACCUUUAGGCCAAUGAAGGCUACUCUAUCUGGUUUACCAGAGAAGACUUUUAUGAAGAUAAUUGUAGAUGCAUCAAGUGACAAAGUUGUUGGCAUCCAUAUGUGUGGGGAUGAAACUCCAGAAAUUUUGCAGGGUUUCGCUGUUGCUGUAAAAGCGGGUUUGACAAAGAAAAUGUUCGAUUCAACUGUGGGAAUUCAUCCUACUGCAGCUGAAGAGCUCGUCACCAUGAGAACUCCCACACGGAAAAUAAGGAAAAAGUCUGAGCAAACUGGGGGAGAUAAGGAAGAGUCCGCUCCGGCGACAUCAGCGUAUUAAAUGAUGGGCAUUUGCCGUUUGUGUAUUGAUUCUCUCAAUUAAAUUAGAUUUUUUUCCUGGUUUCGCCACUUCAUUCCUCAUUAUGUUAGAUAUUUAGAAAGAAGUGCAGUAAAGUUUGUUCUAAGCUAUUGUGAAGCAUAUGCUGGAGGGGGAGGGACUGAGGGGAGGGGGGAGUUCGUACAGUGAUAUUGACCUUCACCUGUAAGCCAUACAUAUCGAUUGCA